AUGGCCUGUGUGAUCGCUCAGGAUGGAGUGUUGGAGUAUGGCCUAUGUGUCUUCAUUCAUGAAUCACGAUGGGGAGUUAGCAGGUCACAACCGAUCUUUUGUGCGCAAGACUUAAACACAUCCGUAGGCGCGUCAAACGUUCUGGGAGUCAUGGCCGAGGAAGAGUAUGGCAGCUUCGUGGACUGGGCCCAGAUGGGGGACCUGGCCAAGAGCAGUGGUCCCACAAAGGUGGACUGCAAAGACCUGAAGGAGUUCAAGCAGAUGGCGAGGCAGGGACACUGGGCCAAGAACCACACGCUCCGAGCCCAGGUCUACCAGCAGCUGAUCAAAGCCAUUCCCUGUCGCACGGUCACUCCAGAUGCGGAGGUUUACAAGGACAUCAUGAAAGAGGCCGGAUCCAAGAAGCACACCUCCAACAUCCCUCUGCCCGAGUUUGUGGAUGGAAACCAAGUCCCCAAGUACUGCCUGAAAGGAGAGGCUAUGUCGUCGGCUCAUCAGAUCAUAAACUGUUUGGCCGGACAGUUCCCCGACAUCUCCCACUGCCCCUCGCUCCCCGCAGUCACGGCCUUACUGCUCCACUUCAGCAAAGAAGAGGCCCAGUGUUUCGAGCACGUCAGUCGUAUGCUGGCCUGCAAUGAGCCCGGGAAGAGACUCAUGGACCAGACCUUUUUAGCGUACGAGUCCAGCUGCAUGACUUUCGGAGACCUGGCGAUUAAGUACUGCGCUCCGGCUCACAAGCUGAUCGUGGCCAGCGCUCAGGACGUGCAGGAGGUGUACUGCGACUGGCAGCGGUGGAUCUUGGGCGACCUCCCGUUCAGCCACGCCGUCCGUGUGCUGGAUAUUUACCUUGUGGAGGGUUAUAAAGUCCUGUACCGCGUGGCUAUCGCUCUGCUCAAGUUCUAUCGCAAGCACAAAGCCGGAUCUGAGAGCGGCGCCGCGGUCCAGGCUCCUCAGGACUCGGAGAAGGUGCGUGCCGAGAUCCAGGCGUUCGUCAAAGGUAUCGGCUCCAGCGUCAGUCCUGAGAAGCUUCUGGAAAAGGCCUUCUCCAUUCGGUUGUUCAGCCGCAAAGAGAUCACUCUGCUGCAGCUCACCAACGAGAAGUCCCUGCAGCAGAAAGGAAUCACGGUCAAACAGAAACGGUACGCUGAAAAACGCGUGAUUAUGUGA